CAACAAUGUCCGGAUUCUGUCUCGGGCUUUCGGUAGAAGUGGCGUUCGUAGAUGUUGUGGAAUAAAGGGAGGACGGCGAGAAUUGAACCUGGAACCGUUGAACUUCACCCAGACCAACUGCAAGGAAAAGGUAUCAUUAGCAAGAAGUACUUCAAAACAAAAAACCACUACUUUUGUGUGUCGUGGUUUGUUAUUUGGACUUACCAUAUUCUCUCUGGAAGUAUAUAUUCAUCUUCCAGUGCGAACAAACUGAGAAGGAAGAUUCUUCUGGAGCAAUAAUAACUGGUGUAGCCCACCGUGAGAACCAAAACUGUAAAACUAGAAAAUGUCAUAUAAUGGAAUUGGAUUGCCGACUCCCCGUGGAUCGGGAACGAAUGGCUAUGUAAUGAAGAACUUGUCGUAUGUGAAACGGCGAGCUCCGUAUGAAAUGCGUUCGUUGCAAAAACUGGAGCCAAAAAAAUCAAUUGACCCCUCAAUCAGUGAACACGAGCAGAAAAGGUUGUUGGAAUCAAAGGUUUUGGCCUACCGAGAAGAAUUACAAGAGUCUGGGAAGACGGACGAAGAGAUUAAGGCCUUGGUGUCUGCUUUUCGCCAGCGUCUCUCGAACGACUCACACGAAGAUUCACACCGAGGUAAGCGAAAUUCUGAGACUCGCGAACGAAUCAGAGGCCACAGUGAUCGAAGCUUUCGAAACGAUCAUAAUCUAUCACUCGACUCGAGUUCUGGGCAUGAAUCAUAUCGCUCUUCGCGUCGUUACGAGCGUUCUCGCGAGAUAACCUCUUACCGUCGUCGUGAUUAUUGGUCAAAUCGAAACGAUACGCGGGUCUUCUCCGCUGAGGACAAACACCUGGACGAUACUGCUGAGGAAAAAGCUCGACCGGUAGGUAGGUAAAGACAAUGAGGCAUUACAGUAAAAUAAGAUUUGGGAUUCAAGUUGGCUCGAAUUGGGAAAGAAUAAUGCUC